AUGGCAGUGACAAACAUGGACGAAGCUUCUCUCAUCUCAAACAUUGUCAACAGAGUUGCUGCUUAUGACAUCAGAAACUGGGGGCCUUACCCAGAGACCAAAGAAGGCUUUCGGCGAGCUGCCAUUUUAUUACCAAUUGCUGUCCAUCAUGGAGAAGUGGUCAUCUUGCUGACCAAACGAUCCAAAGAUUUGCGGUCACACCCGUCAGCCACAGUGUUUCCUGGCGGCAUGCGCGACCACACAGAUUCUUCAGACAUUGCAACAGCAUUACGAGAAGCAGAGGAAGAGAUUGGGUUGCCUCAACAUUGUGUUCAAGUUUUGGGUGUCCUAACCCGAGGGAUAACAUUACCCAAUACAGUUGUGUACCCAGUGGUGGGCCUGAUUCCCAAUGAUUUUGUGCCAUUUGUGAACCCGUCGGAGGUGGAGUUUGCUUUCUACAUGCCACUCAAGGACUUUAUCACAGAAGAGAAGGUCUCCUAUCAUACACACAAUAUCAGAGGCUUAUCCAUUGUUUCUCGAUCAAUCACCUUCUCUAACGGGGCUCUCACAGCUAACAUCUGGGGCUUCACAGCCAACUACUGCACUCUUCUGGCCAAAAUUAUCUUUGGUGAAGAUGACUGUCUGCCAAUCUUAGAUGAUACUAAAGAUAAACAUGUGGGUAAAGGAUUAUAUGAUGAUUUAAUCAAGUACUUUGAUUUUGUGACCACGAACUGGAAGAUGAAAUCUCACUUGUGA